GCAUUGUGCAAUGACUUCCACACAAACAGUUUUAUCUCUUAUUCUCACCCUCAAUGCACUUCUUCUCCUGUUCCUUCUUCCUCAGUGCACGACUGAUGCACACUCUCUUAUGGCUUGUAAGUUUAAUGCGAUAUACAACGUCGGCGACUCCAUGUCCGACACAGGCAAUUUGGUUCGCGAGAACUCGGCUUUACCCUUUGCUCGACUUCCAUACGGCGAGACCUUCUUCAAGAGCGCAACAGGACGAUGUUCCAAUGGUUUGCUUAUGAUAGAUUAUAUAGCUUUGGCGGUUGGAGUUCCCUUUCUUCAUCCUUAUUUGAAUAAGGAUGCGCUCUUUCUACCUUGCUUAGGAGAGAAUUUUGCUGUGGCUGGUUCUACUGCCUUGUCUACAAAUGCUCUGGCAAAGAAGAAUAUCUUAUCUCCGGUUACUAAUAGCUCUCUUGAUGUACAAUUGGAUUGGAUGUCUUCCCAUUUCAAUAUAGCUUGUUUCAACGACCAAGAUUGUGUCAAGAAGCAUAACAUGAAAGCCUUAUUCAUGGUGGGAGAAAUUGGAGGUAAUGAUUAUAACUAUGCAUUCUUCCAAGGCAAACCCGUUGAGGAGGUCAAGGCCAUGGUUCCAGAAGUUGUCCAAGCAAUAAAGGAUGCCGUUAAAAGAGUCAUUGGUUAUGGUGCUGUUCGAGUUGUCGUCCCCGGAAACUUCCCAAUAGGCUGUUUCCCAAUCUAUCUUACAACAUUCCAAACCAACAAUGCGGCUGCUUAUGAUGAGUUUCACUGCUUGAAGUGGUUGAAUAGUUUCUCAACAUAUCACAAUGAUAAACUGAAACAAGCCAUUGAAGAUUUAAGAAAAGAAAAUCCUAAUGUGAUUAUAGCGUAUGGCGAUUACUACAAUGCAUUCCAAUGGGUUUACCAACAUGCGCCUCUUCUUGGAUUUGAUGUAGCAUCUGUACAAAAGUCUUGUUGUGGUGCUGGAGGCUAUUACAAUUUUGGAAUGACAAAAAUGUGCGGAGCUCCAAAUGUACCAGUUUGUCCAAAUCCCGAAGAACACAUAAGCUGGGAUGGAAUUCAUUUGACUGAGAAAGCAUAUCAAUAUAUGGCGUAUUGGCUCAUCCGCGACAUCUUACCCAAGCUUAACUGCAUUAAUAUUGUUUAA